AUGGGGGAGGUGCGCAGAGGAGCCGGAAGUGUAUUUGCCGCCGGUGAGGACGAACAGGGAGGGUUUGUGGACAGACAUUCCACACGUUGCUCCUUGGUGUACCUGCAGGAGACAGGCUCACUCUUAGCCUUCUGGGUCCUGCCCGGCGCUGCCCAGCUCACUAUUGAACCAGAGCCCGUCAAUGCCAUCGAGGGGGGGAACGUGACUCUGCAUGUCCGCGGUCUGCUAAAGGAGGCUGGAAUCUUCAAGUGGUACAAAGGAGGAAAAGUGGACAGUAAAACGCUUAUUAUGUCAUAUAAAGUAGGGGUUCCAGCAGAUGGCACAGGGCCUGCACACAGCAGCCGAGAGACGAUAAACCCCAAUGGAUCCCUGCUGGUCCGGAACGUCACCCAGGAGGACACGGGGCCCUACACCCUACAAAUCACGUAUGGAGAUUUUGAAGAGGAAGCAGCAACUGGAUGGCUCCGUGUUUACCCCGUGUUACCCAAACCCCACAUCACGAGCAACAACCCCGACCCUGUGGAGCACCAGGACCGCGUGGUGUUAACCUGUGAACCUAAGACCCCGGACACCACCUACCUGUGGUCCAUCAACAGCCAGAGCCUCCCGGACAGCGACAGGCUGCAGCUGUCAAGGGGCAACAGGACCCUCACGCUGCUCCCGGUCACCAGGGCUGACGCAGGGCUCUAUGAGUGUGAGACCUGGAACCCAGUGAGCGCCCGCCGCAGCGACCCUUUCACCCUGGAUGUUCUCUAUGGCCCGGACACCCCCACCAUCUUCCCCUCAGAAUCCUUUUACCACCCCGGGGACGUUCUCAACCUCACCUGCUACGCAGACUCUAACCCGCCCGCGCAGUAUUCCUGGCUGGUCAGCGGGAGGCCCCAGCACCCCACACAGGCGCUCUUUAUCCCCAACAUCACCAUGAGUGACAGUGGCGCCUACACCUGCCAGGCCCACAACAACGCCACAGGCCUCAACAGCACCACAGUCAAGAAUAUCACGGUCUCCGGUAAGUGGCUCCUGGACCGUCGGCACCAGGCUCUGGCUGGGGGAUGUUGGUUUCCAAAAGGGACUGAAAGUUCCGCCUACCACCGUGCCCACGGACAGAGCCCCAAAUCGCGGGCUGAACCCCGUCCCCCACGCCUGGGGGCCUCCUUGCUUUUAGAUUCCAAGCGGCAGCUACCUCCGCGGUGUCUCCUCAAACCCCUUGGCCUGGCCUCCAUCCGAGCCAGCAGCACCACAGUCACCGAACACAAGGACCGUGUGGUCCUGACCUGCCUCACAAGAGUCACUGGGGUCUCCAUCCUGUGGCUCUUCAAUACCCAGCGUCUGCAGUACACAGACAGGGUGACGCUGUCCCGGGACAACCGCACCCUCACCAUCCACCCUGUCGGGGGGGAGGACGCCGGAAAGUAUCAGUGUGAGGUCUCCAACCCAGCCAGUUCCAGAAGUGACCCCCUCACCCUGACUGUGAUGCGUGAGUGA